AUGGAACCCAACGCAGCAAAAUCCGGGCCCCAAAGCGACACCAACUUCGAUUCAGAGCCCCGACGCAACAGCUAUGCCGCCACCGAGAAGGGUCGCUGGGAGAGACUCUGGCCCGUCAUUGCCUGCGGAGCAGGUCUGUUCAGUGACGGAUACCUGAACAACGUUAUUGGAUCCGUCAACACCAUGCUUGCCAAGAUCUACCCGACAACUUACGCCAACAGCAGCGCUCAGAACAAUGUCUCAUCCAUCACUUUCGCCGGCACCGUCGUCGGUAUGCUCUUCUUCGGCUACACCAGCGACCAUUUCUCCCGCAAAUGGUCCCUCAUGGCUUCCACCUUGAUCAUCAUCCUCUUCGCCAUUCUCGGCACUGCUUCCUAUGGCGCUGGAGGUAACGUUGGCGGCCUCUUUGCGGCUCUGACUGCUUAUCGGUUUUUCCUUGGAAUCGGUAUUGGUGGGGAGUAUCCCGCUGGUAGUGUUGGUUGCGCAGAGAGUACUGGAGAACUGAAGAGUGGGACUCGCAACAGGUGGUUUAUUCUGUUCACCAACGUCCAGAUCGAUAUCGGAUUCGUUGUUGCUGCCAUCGUGCCCCUGAUUGUCGUUCUUAUAACAACUGAAGACCACCUCCGCGCCGCAUGGCGCAUCUGCCUCGGCAUCGGCAUCAUCCCGCCGCUCUCGCUGCUCUGGCUGCGUCUCAAGCUGCAGGAGCCCGAGGCCUACAAGCGCGAGUCGAUGCGCGACACGACGACGCCGUACUGGCUAGCCCUCAAAUACUACGGCUUCCGGCUCUUCGUCGUCUCGCUGAUUUGGUUCAUCUACGACUUCUCGGCCUACGCCUUCGGCAUCUACAGCUCGACGAUCGUGUCGAACCUGCUCGGCAGCGACGAGCGCCUGUGGAAGUCGUUCGCCUGGAACAUCCUCAUCAACUUCUUCUACAUCCCCGGCUGCGUGCUCGGCUCGUUCCUGGCCGACAUCCCGUGGCUGGGGCCGAAGCGCACGCUCGCUCUGGGCGUCAUCCUGCAGGGCAUCGUGGGCUUCGUCAUGGCGGGCUGCUACGCGAGUCUCGAGAAGCCCGGGAACAUCGCCGCCUUUUGCGUCGUCUACGGGAUUUUCCUCAGCUUGGGCGAGAUGGGGCCUGGUGACAAUAUCGGCCUGAUGGCAAGCAAGAUCAGCGCCACGAGCAUACG